UCAAAAUUCCCUAGCCGUCCGAUCACGAGAGAGCGUGAUCAUCGCGUGGGAACUUUUAGACCGGUCUUUUGCCUAAACCGGAACGUACCAGAUUCCUCUCCUCUUUGUCUCUUUCUUUCUUUCUCUCUCUCUCUCUCUCUCCGCUUAGAGGUUUCGGUUUCGGUUUCGUUCGUAAUCGAAAGGUGAAAAAGGGAGAGUUUCCAUGGCGUCGUCAGCUGAAGCUUUGAGCUUGGCCUUCUAGCUGAUUGAUCAACCAUGGUCUCAUAAUUUUCACCGACUAGCUCCAGGGCGUUGAUUGUUCUCUCUCCCAGCUCCAGAUUUUGUUUGGGUAAGAUUUUGUAUCGGUUUUAUUGAGCUGAUCGAGAAUUGAGAGCUUGGGGUUUCUUCAAUCUGGGUUCUUUUGUUGUUUAGAAGGUUGCUGAUUUCUCAGAGUAAUAAAGAUUCCACGGAGUAGACUUUGUUUUACCACAAGUGAAAGGAAGAGCCUUUUUGUUUUUGUUUAUUGAUGGGUGAGGAGUUAGCUGACACAAUGAACCUAGAUUUGAAUCUAGGGCCUGAUCCUGAGUCAGAUCUCCAGCCGACCCUAAACGAAACUGUGAAUCUGGCUGAUUGGACUAAUGACCCUUCUCAGAGAUCCUCGGAGGCUGUGACGAGGAUCAGAACUCGGCAUAGGACGCGGUUCAGACAGCUUAAUCUCCCCAUACCAAUUCUAUCUGAAACCCAUAUGUCUAUUGAACUGAACCAGUUGAUGGGAAGUCCUGUAACUGGAGCUGCUUUGCAGACUGGCGAGGGUAGUGAAAGAGGCAAUGAGGAUCUGAAAAUGUGUGAGAACGGAGAUGGAGCCAUUGGAGACGGUGUGUCAGAGAAGAAAGCGGAUCUGGAGAAAAGCAGCGGCAGCGAUGGUAACUUCUUCGAUUGUAAUAUAUGUUUGGAUUUGUCAAAGGAGCCGGUUCUCACCUGUUGUGGCCAUCUUUACUGUUGGCCUUGUCUGUUCCAAUGGCUACAAAUCUCGGAAGCAAAGGAAUGUCCGGUCUGCAAGGGAGAGGUGACUCCCAAGACAGUGACACCGAUAUAUGGUCGAGGCAACCAUAAAAGAGAAGUUGAAGAGAGUUUAGAUACCAAGAUCCCUAUGAGACCCCAUGCAAGACGCAUCGAGAGUUUGAGGAAUACAAUUCAAAGGUCGCCUUUUACAAUACCAAUGGAAGAGAUGAUUAGACGUAUACAGAAUAGGUUCGAGAGGGAUUCAACCCCUGUGCCUGAUUUUAGUAACCGCGAGGCCUCAGAAAGAGGGAAUGAUCGAGCCAACUCGAUCCUUAACCGGCUGAUGACUUCAAGGGGAGUUAGAUCAGAGCAGAACCAGGCUAGUGCUGCAGCAGCCGCCAUUGCUGCAGCAUCAGAGGAUAUUAAUCUAAACCCGGACAUUGCUACUCCUGAUCUUGAAGGAGAGACCACCACAAGGUUCCAUCCUAUGUUGAUCAGGAGACAGUUACAGUCCCACAGAGUCGCAAGGAUCUCGAACUUCACAUCUGCAUUGAGUUCCGCUGAGCGGCUUGUGGACGCAUAUUUUAGAACUCAUACAUUGGGGAGGAGCCACCAAGAGCUAAACCAUCAUUCUCCUGUUGUGGUUGAUGAUAGAGACUCAUUCUCGAGCAUUGCAGCUGUGAUAAACUCUGAGAGUCAAGUGGAUACUGCAGUUGAGAUUGAUUCCAUGGUCACUCUUUCAACAUCUUCUUCGAGGAGAAGGAAUGAGAAUGGGUCGAGGGUUUCUGAUGUAGACAGUGCAGAUUCUCGCCCGCCUAGGAGAAGGAGAUUUACUUAAAACAAAAGCUUUUCAAUCCGUGGAAGAUGAUGAUGAUGAGGAAGAAGAAGAAGAAGAUUGUAACUGUAUUUUUAUUUUCUUGCUUGUUGGUUUGUUGUAUUUUUAUUUGUAAUUUCGCAAUAGGGAUGGUAUUUUUCAAUAAAAGUUUUCUUUAUCUU